GAGAGGUUUAAAGUGCAGAGAGACUGCAGGUCUGAACACACGGAGCAGCAGCAGAAGAACAAGAUGGAGGCCUCCAGCAGCAGCUCUUCUUCCUCAUCUACCUCCCUCAAAGACCUUACACACUCAGCGCUGCAGCUCGUGAACUGGAGAGAACCGAAGAAGUCGGCGGCUGCGUUCGGAGUGUCGCUGCUGGUUCUGGUCUCCGUGGCGACGCUGUCCGUCAUCAGUGUGGUGUCCUACCUGCUGCUUGCUGUCCUCUGCAUCACCAUCACUUUCAGGGUUUAUAAAUCAGUGAUCCAGGCCGUCCAGAAAUCAGACCAAGGACAUCCGUUCAGGUCUUUGUUGGACAGGGACAUCUCCGUGUCCCCGGAGUCCAUCCGUCUGCUCGUUGAUCGCUCUCUGGUCCUCCUGAAUCGUUUCACAGAUCAGAUGAGGAAGCUGCUGCUGGUGGAAGACAUGUUCGACUCUCUCAAGCUGGCUGGGGUCAUGUGGAUGAUGACAUACGUCGGAGCGAUCUUUAACGGAGUCUCCAUCCUGAUUCUUGCGGACAUUGUUUUCUUCAGCACACCGCUCAUCUACCAGAAGAAAAAGACCCAGAUCGAUCAGUACUUUGAAUUGAUCCGGUCCAGAGUGGAGGAGAUGCUGCAGAAGGUGCAGGACCGGUUACCUGGAGCUGUGAGAAGAUCCAAAGCUGAGUGACCAGCUGACCCCCACACUGUGCUCUGAUUGGUCCGUUUGUAAGCAAAUCAGCUGCUGACUGAUAAGAAAACCAAAGUGAAGCUUGUUUGUUUUAUUCACUUUGUUUCAUUAAAGAAGAGUUCACAUAUUACCCCCC